AUGAGCCAGAUCUGCAAUAUUCAGUUCAAAAGUUUCCCUCCUCAGAAAGGAAACCGCAGGCCUGCGCGCAUACAUCCGUUGAGAGAUCCCUGCAAGUUUGGAGAGGCCAGAAUCGUACUCUCCAGCUUCUACGCACUGCCUAAGGACCUGCCCUUUUCUCUCCCGAGGCAGCUGCACGCAUCUGCGGACUUAAACGGCUGUGUACGCAGACCAAAAAAGGAGAGAUUGCCGAAGAUAUCGACAGCUGAUCUGCAGCUGAGGCGUCGCAACGCCUACUUACGACGGAUUCUCUGUUCUUAG